AUGGCUAGCAUCAUUUCACACAUGGGUAAUAGCCGGCGGCAGAACACACGCUUGCCGCCUUGGGCCCAUUCUAUGCUGAGGUCCCUGGGUAGGAGUCUUGGUCCUUUAAUGGCCAAUUUGGCAGAAAGAAACAUGAAGUUGUUCUCAGGGAGGGGGGUGCCAGCCCAGGGGGAAGAAACCUUUGAAAACUGGCUAAUCCAAGUCAAUGGGGUCCUGCCAGAGUGGAAUAUGUCUGAAGAAGAAAAGCUCAAGCGCCUGAUGAAAACCCUUAGGGGCCCUGCCCGGGAGGUCAUGCAUUUGCUCCAGGCAGCCAACCCCAACCUAAGUGUGGCAGAUUUCUUGCACGCAAUGAAAUUGGUGUUUGGGGAGACUGAAACCAAUGUGAGUUCCCAUGGUAAAUUUUUUAACACCGUGCAGGCCCAAGGGGAGAAAGCCUCCCUGUAUGUGAUCCGUUUAGAGGUGCAGCUCCAGAAUGCUAUUCAGGCAGGGAUCAUAGCUGCGAAAGAUGCAAACCAGACUCGCCUGCACCAGCUCCUUUUAGGGGCUGAGCUGAAUGGGGACCUGCGUUACAGACUGAAGCAUCUUCUCAGGAUGUAUGCGAAUGAGCAGGAGCGUCUUCCCAAUUUUCUGGAGUUAAUCAAGAUGAUAAGGGAGGAGGAGGAUUGGGAUGACACUUUUAUUAAUCAUAAGCGGGCCAGGAGAUCUGAGUCAAUGGUGGAGAGGGCAACCAAUCCAGUGACAUUUCAGGGAUCCCUACGGAUAGUAAUCGGCAGUGCUGACUGCAACGUGAUAGAGAUAGAUGACACCCUGGAUGACUCAGAUGAAGAUGUCAUCCUGGUGGAAUCGCAGGACCCUCCACUUUCAUCCUCUGGUUCUCCUCCCCCCAAAAGCAGAACCAGACCUCAGGAUCAAGUGGUAGUCAUUGAUUCCCCCAAUAGUUCCCAGGCUCAAUCUCCUUCCACCAGUGGGGGUUCUGGAGAUAAAAAUGAUGGUCCUGGGAAUAUUUUUAGAUCCAGGAAGCGAAAAUACACAACCCAUUCUUCAUAUUGUGGCAAGGAAGACCACUCGAAGGAAACCUGUGACAAGAGCAACAAGGCUGAGAUGUUUGAAAAUCUGGUCAUGACCCUGCAGGAGCUGACACAUACAAAAGAGGAGGGGUCAAGAGAGGCUCCUGACCAAUCUGAUGACCCUUCUGAGCUAUAG